UAUGUUCUCUUCAAUAAACAAUCACACUUUGCUGAUCCUUUAGUGUCCUUAGUUCUUUUACGAUUAGUCUUAGAAUAAAGUUCUUUUAAUUAGUGACAAAACUUGGGGAUUGGACAUUCAUAGAUGCUCCAUUUAACUGUGGCAAACGUUUAAGGAUGAACUUCGAAUGAUAUUUUAAGAUUAUUUUGUUAUAAUCUGGAACAAUUUUAAGUUCAACAUGAGUCAAAUUCAUCCCUGUCAGGAUAACUCCGAGUUGAGUCCUUUGUACCCAUCACGGGGUUUACAUCUCAAACCCAUCGCUCGUCUAAACGUUUCUGUCCACUAUCCAGAGUUAAAACAGUCUCUGACCACUGGGGGAAAAUCCAUUUCAAGUUGGGACAUCAUGGAACGGAUUAAGAGCCUCGUUUCCCCAGAAAAUUUCAUCUUUCUACGUGUGGUCAAGAACACACUGGAAUUCAUACGAUUUGAAGGAGAUCUGGAAAGUAGAGAAAUUUUGAAAAAAAUUAUUACUAGGCUGGAUGGCAAAACUAUGAAGGUUACAGGAUUCAAGGAGGCGUUAAAAAUCCGUUGUGCAGAAUCUAAGUUAAUAUUUCCGUCAAAGUAUGAUUGGGAUUCGUACUUUAGGGAUGCCAAAAAUAUGAACGAAAUGAAGGCUGGAGAAAGACCGGAUACAAUUCAUUUCCAGAAUCUACCUUCCAAAUGGUUUUGCGAAGGGGGGCGUCCCACAUCCCAAGAUAAUGAUAAACCGAUGCCAUCGGAAAAGUUCUUUAGGAGGCUGUGGUCCGUUUUUGGGGAAGUUAGGUGCGUGGAUAUUCCCGUCUGUGAUAAGUAUAGGUCACAAAUAAGUACGGCAGUGAGGGGAAUAAAUACGUUUACGUUCAGCAACGACAAUGUCUUUGAAGCAUAUGUCCAGUACAAGGAUUACAUGAGCUUUGUGAAGGCGAUGGAUGCUCUAAGGGGAUGUUCGUUAUUUUAUCAGGAGAGUCCAAUUGGAAAAUACUAUGUUGCUAAUAUCAAGGUUGACUUUGAUAAAUCUAAGCAUCUGAGUGAUGAGUCCAUACGAAAGCGUAAGGCAGAGAGAAAUCGCUUAUCAGAGAAGGACAAUGUAAAAAAGACAGCAGAAAAAUUGUCAAAAUUUGAAGCUGAAGUUAAGGAACAGAAGCAAAAUGAACGAGAAAAGAAAGAGACUGAGAAAAAUCUUGCAAAAAUUGAAUAUAAAAUAGCAAUGGAAGAGCGAAAGUAUUUAAUAGCUAGACGGAAACUGGAAGCAAUACGAUUGAUGGACUAUUUAUUUGAAACCAUUAAAACGAAUAUAGUAACCACUGCUGAGAAGAAACGCGUCCUUAAGGAAAAGACGAAGCAAGAAAUGAAAAGGCUGGAAAAACUUGUCAUACAAAAGAAUACAAAGGAGGAGCAAGAAAUACUGCAGGCAAAUAAACAAUCAAAGCCGCCUAAAGUCCGUAAAAUGCAGAGUGUCGUCAAAGUUCACGAAGAAGAUGACAAAGAUGAUCAUAAUACUACACCACCACCUCAGUCUGGAGAACCUGCAAAAGAGAAUCAGAUUGAUGAUUCAGAGAAGAAAGUUACUAAUUCUGGUCCGCAUUUCGACAACCGGUAUCUUGGGGAUUGGGAGUUGAAAGCAAAGAGUCAUGGAGGUUCAGUUGUUAAAGUGCCAUCUAAUUAUGUCCCUGUAUCCGCUUAUCGUGGACAAGGUCGUGGCAGAGGAAUGCACUUCCGAGGGAGGGGUCGUGGUAUUUCGGAACCUUAUUCAGGGUCACACGCUCAUCAUAGAGAUGGCCGUUUCGAAUAUAGCAAUAAUUAUCCAUAUCCUAGUGAACUUCCACCGACUCCCUACAAUAGAGAUCAUCGGGGGUAUGAUUACAAUAGAGGGCCACCAUUUCAAAGAAGGAGUGAACCUGAGCAAUUUCAAAAUGGACCGGAACCAACUGUUCGGCAUGAUUUUUCGUACCUUGACGAGUUAGACAGAGCCUAUGAAAAAUAUUUUUCUAGCAUAACUAAACGACAUAAUGAAUAAUAGCCACAAUGUAUAAAUAAAUUCUAAGUAUGUGUUUACACUUGAGCAGUUAUUUAAGGCACGAGAUGAACAUAUUUAUUUUAUGAUUAAAGAAUACAAGUUGAUUAAAUUGAA